AUGGCAGAUCCAACAGGGCGAACGAUUCUACACAUCAAUUUCGGCGAUAUUAUUGACCAGCCAUUGGCCUUGACUGGAGCUACAAAAUACCGGUUUCGUUUCCUGGACGUUGCCGCACUCGCCCACAAGUCAACCGUCCAUGUAUUGGAAUUCGAAGACCUGCCCGCAGAGCCGUAUGCCGUCAUAUCAUACGUCUGGCGUGGCCUCCCGGCUCACCCCGAUGUGAAGUCUCCGCUGCCGAAUAUCCACGUUGAAGGCAUCGAGGGGGCUGAUCCCAUCUCCGUGGACGUGCUGAGGCUCAUUUCGCUGGCGGCGGAGAGUUUCGGAUGCAGGUUCGUCUGGCUGGAUGCGCUGUGCAUUCUGCAGGCGCAUGAGGACGAUAAGGCGUGGCAGAUUCAGCGCAUGUAUGAUUUAUAUCGGAACUGCAGGACGUGCAUCGUUGCGCCGGGCGGGCUGCAGCGGCUUGUGGCUCCUACUGAGGAGACGAGCUGGAUGGCGAGGGCGUGGACGCUUCAGGAGGCGAUUGCGCCGCCUAUGGUGCACUGCAUAUUCGAAUGGAGUCUUGGGAAUUGCAUCAUGCAGUCGAAUUUCCCGCUGAAGAUUGAGGAGAUUGAAAGGGGGGUUGCAGCGGUUGCGCCUCUUAACUUUACGUUGUUGACGGCUAUGAAGGGGACGGGGUUUGAGAUGCUUGAUUGGUCGGGCAAGUCGAUUCAAAAGCCGUCUCCUGAUUUUCAGAUUAGGAUGUUUGGCGAUAGGUCGCGGAGCCAUCCGCAGAUGAGGGAGCUGGUUGAUGCUAUUGACAUGAAGGGCAAGACGGGCAUGCACACGGCCAUCUGGAGAUGUUCGUUUAUGCGCAUGGCCAAGUAUCCGGUGGACACGGUGUUUAGCAUCAUGGGCAUCAUGGGCGUGACGCUGGAUACGACAAAGUUUGGCCAUGACGAUCGGCUGGAGGCGACGAUUGCUUUGAUGCAGGCCAUUUUGGCGAGAGGUGAGCAUGCUGAAUGGCUGGCUAUUGCGACGAGGGUGGUGCCGAAUCCGAGGUUGUCGACUUUGCCGGCUUUUCCUCAGACGGAUGCCUCUAGGAAGCCUGUCUUGGAGUCGAGAGAGGGAAUGAAGGAUGUUGCAGAUGUUAUGGAUACGGGGUGGAGGCUUGCGGAUACGCCAAAGGGGACGAUGAGCGAUGAUGGGUAUUUCCGAUUCAGUGCGUUGUCGGCGUCUGUGAGACUUGUUCAGAAUCAAGAGGAAGGGUCUACUGCUUUUGAGAGCGAAUUUGGCUCUGAUUCUGCAGGGAAGUGGGAGGUGUUGUCGCAGAGUAGCGAGAAUGCAUCGCACAAGGCUGUUUACAUCGGUCGCUGGGAGCAGUAUAACAAUGGGGCGUUUGGGGUGAUGAGGAAUCCAAGGGAUCAUGCUUUGAUGUUGAUUGAGGAGCAUGCGCCGGGGAGGUUCCAUAAUGUGGGAUACGCGUUUGUGCCGGAGGGGGUUUUGACCACUCUUCACAGCAUUUUUAAGCUCCCCCGAGGCCUUGUCCUAUCGAGUGUGUUCCCAACGGCCAAAGUUGACUUGGUUGCCAAUAACGCCGGGCCUAACUCCAUCUCGAACAUCUACAUUCUCCGCGGAGCAAAAGUCUUGACGACGGGAUUCCUUGAUGGCGCCACAGCAGAGUGGAAUCUGGGCGAGCUUAUGCUCAGCCUCAUGCUCAAGCGUGGAAUCACCCAGCGAGUUUUUGCCUAA